CGCAGUCCGUUUCAGACACCCACCAACACACACACACUGAGAGCUCUCUCUACUGCUGCACACACAUUGAGAGAGGGAGGCACAGACUGAGGACAUGAUAGGAGCUCGUAUUCGUCGGUACUCAGAGAGCAUGGCUGGUCUGUCUCAGUCUCAGGAUUCAUUCAUUCAGAGGCAGCAGCUGGACGCUGCGAUGGCUGACACCUUCCUGGAGCACCUGUGCCUGCUGGACAUCGACCAGGAGCCGAUCACAGCCAGGAACACCAGCAUAGUGUGCACUAUAGGCCCAGCCUCUCGCUCGGUGGAGAAGCUGCAGGAGAUGAUCAAGGCUGGUAUGAAUGUGGCGAGGCUCAACUUCUCCCACGGCUCCCACGAGUACCACGCUGGCUCCAUUCAGAACGUGCGCAGGGCUGUGGAGAGCCUGUCCUCUGAGCCACUGUAUUACCGGCCCGUCGCCAUCGCGCUGGACACCAAGGGGCCAGAGAUUAGGACUGGACUGGUCAGGGGGGAGGAGGGUGGGGAGGUGGAGCUGGUGAAGGGAUCCCGGGUGCGUGUGGUCACUCAGGACAGUCUGAGGGACAGCACGGACGCCUCUCAGAUUUGGCUCGACUACAAGAACAUCCCGAGGGUGAUGCGGGUGGGGGGGCGCGUGUUCGUGGACGACGGGCUCAUCUCCCUGCGCGCCCUCCACAUCGGCCCGGACUAUGUGGAGACGGAGGUGGAGAAUGGGGGGGUGCUGUGCAGCAGGAAGGGGGUGAACCUGCCGGGUGUGGUGGUGGACCUGCCCGCGGUGUCGGAGAGGGACCGGCAGGACCUGGCCUUCGCCGUGGAGCAGGGCGUGGACAUGGUCUUCGCGUCCUUCAUCCGCAAGGCAGCCGACGUGGCGGCCGUGAGGGAGGCGCUGGGGGAGGGGGGGCGGCACAUCAAGAUCAUCAGCAAAGUGGAGAACCACGAGGGGGUGAAGAGGUUCGAUGAGAUCCUGCAGGCCAGCGAUGGCAUCAUGGUUGCCCGCGGCGACCUCGGAAUUGAGAUUCCUGCUGAGAAGGUGUUCCUGGCUCAGAAGAUGAUGAUUGGUCGAUGCAACAGCGCUGGGAAGCCUGUCAUCUGCGCCACUCAGAUGCUGGAGAGCAUGAUUAAGAAGCCCCGACCCACACGCGCGGAAGGAAGUGAUGUCGCCAACGCUGUCCUGGACGGAGCGGAUUGCAUCAUGCUGUCGGGGGAGACGGCCAAGGGGGAGUACCCUGUGGAGGCUGUGAGCAUGAUGCACUCGAUCGCUCGUGAAGCUGAGGCCGCCGUCUUCCACAAGCAGCAGUUCGAGGAGCUGCGGCGCCUGACCCCACUGACCUCCGACCCCACCGAGGUCACGGCCAUCGGAGCCGUCGAGGCAUCUUUCAAGAGCAGCGCCGGAGCCAUCAUCGUCCUCACCACCUCCGGCAGGUCGGCGCAGCUCCUGUCCCGGUACCGCCCGCGCGCCCCGAUCAUCGCGGUGACCCGGAACGAGAGGCUGGCCCGGCAGGCUCACCUCUAUCGAGGGAUCUUCCCAGCGCUGGUCCGGGAUCCACCCAGCCCGGUGUGGGCCGACGACGUGGACCAGAGAGUGAACUUCGGCAUGGAGCUCGGGAAGGCGAGGGGGUUCUUCGGGAGCGGGGACAUGGUGAUUGUGGUGACAGGCUGGAGUCCGGGGUCUGGGCACACCAACAUCAUGAGAGCCGUCACCGUCCCCUAGGGGCCACGCCCUCCCCUCGGACUCGCAGGGGCCCCUGGGGUCCACCGGGGGGCGUUCCCAGAAAAUACUCUUGCUGUUCCCAACAGAUCUGCACCCUGAACCAUUCCUGCGUUCACAGUGGCGUGUCCGCAGCACACUGACGGUGCUGCUGCACAGCCUGGCGUCUCAACACCCGAGUCUGAAUGAAACCUUCUGUCCUGCUGUGAGAGUCGCAGUGAGAGAGACUCUGCUCUGUAGUACAGUCAAUAAAACGCUGCUGCAGCCUG